UUGUUUAUAUGUCUACUUGUCAUUUUAUGUGAAAUAAAUAAAUAAAAAGUAAGUAAGUAAAAAAAAAAAAGGUUAGCAAAGUGUUUUCACAUGAGGAACGAAACUCCCCUUGUUCUUUAAAACCUCGUUGUGUUGUGUUUUCAGAGCGUCCUGAUCCGCUGGACCAAAGGCUUCAACUGCUCCGGGGUGGAGGGCAAAGACGUGGUGAAGUUACUGAGAGACGCCAUCCACAGGAGAGGGGACUAUGAUAUAGGCCCAGUUGCCAUGGUGAACGACACAGUGGGCACGAUGAUGAGCUGUGGCUAUAAAGACCAGAGCUGCGAGAUCGGCAUGAUCAUCGGCACGGGAACCAACGCCUGCUACAUGGAGGAGAUGGAGAACGUGGAGCGCGUCGAAGGCGAGGACGGGCGGAUGUGCAUCAACACGGAGUGGGGGGGCUUCGGAGACGACGGCUCCCUGAGAGACAUCAGGACGGAGUUUGACGUGGCGGUGGACGAGACGUCCAUCAACCCCGGCGUCCACGUCUUUGAGAAGAUGAUCAGCGGCAUGUAUCUGGGAGAACUCGCUCGGCUGCUGCUGGUGAAGCUGGCGGAGGACCAGCUGCUGUUUGGGGGACGGACGUCGGAGACCCUGCGGACCCCGGGGACAUUUGAGACAAAGUUCAUCUCCGAGAUUGAGGAGCGGGACGGCGGUCUGGAAAACACCCGGAGUAUUCUGACCCAGUUGGGAUUGAAAGCGGACUCUGUGGACCACGGCGUCGUACGGCUGGUCUGCGCCGCCGUCUCCUCGCGCUCCGCCGAUCUCUGCGCCGCCGCCCUGGCAACCAUCGCCAACCGCAUCCGUUCCAACCGCGGGCUGGACCACCUGAAGACCACCGUGGGGGUGGACGGGACAGUCUACAGAAAACACCCCAGGUAAGCACCGAGGGACA